AAUGCUUCAUAUACAUCUAAAAAAGCGCGGACCGCUUAACAUGGCGCGCCGCUUAGUAAAUUCAUGGCCGCUGCUCCUGCUGCUGGUGGCAGCAAGCCAACAGGCGAGCCUCAUACCGCCGCCUGUUGAUGAUGUGGCACAGCUGGAGACGAAAGGAGAUCAAAGCUUAGCUGGAUACAUCGAGUCGCGAGUGGAUGACAAUAGCCAGACUAACUAUCGACUGCCGAACAAUACAGUGCCCAUCUCCUACAAUGUGGAGCUGUGGACGGAAGUGCACAAUGGCACAAGGGAGUUCCGCGGCGUUGCGAAGAUCGAUAUUCAGGUUGUAGAGGAUACCAAGACGAUCACACUGCAUUACCGGGAGAUUGACGAAUUUGGAUCCACAAUUCAAAGCAAGGAUAUUGCAUCGAGUCAGCCAAUACCAGUGGUAUCCACCCUUGCAUCGCGCGAGUUUCUGGUCCUUACGCACACAGAUACCCUUAAGGCAGGCACCAACUGGACGGUAGUCAUCACCUACACUAGCAAGUUGCGUAGUGAUAUGGGUGGCUUCUAUAUGUCCAGCUAUGAAGAUGAUGACGGCACUGUGCACUACCUGGCCACCACACAGUUCGAGAGCACAAAUGCUCGUCAUGCCUUCCCCUGCUAUGAUGAGCCAGCCAAGCGAGCGAAUUUCACGAUUACCAUACACCACGAUCCCAGCUACACAGCCAUCAGCAAUAUGCCAGUGGAUGACAUCGCAUCUAGCGCCGGCACAACGGUAUUUCAAACAACGCCUAAGAUGUCCACCUAUUUGAUAGCUUUUAUUGUGUCGGACUUUGAGUCCACAGGCGGCGAGCUGAAUAAUUUGCCUCAGCGCGUUUUUUCACGCAAGGGCAAGCAGAACGAACAGGAGUGGGCCCUGUGGUCUGGCCUGGUAGUCGAGUCCAGUUUAGCGAAAUACUUAGGUGUUCCAUUUGCAUUGCCCAAGCUGGAUCAGGCGGGCAUACCUGACUUUUCAGCUGGAGCGAUGGAGAAUUGGGGCCUGGCCACCUAUCGGGAGCAGUACAUGUGGUGGACCAAGGAGCAGUCUACCGUUAAUCUCAAAACUAGCAUUAGCAAUAUAAUUGGACACGAAUAUGCGCACAUGUGGUUCGGCGAUUUGGUAUCGAUUAAAUGGUGGACCUACCUGUGGCUUAAAGAGGGAUUCGCUACACUCUUUUCAUAUGAAUCGAAUGAUAUUGCGUUCCCUGAGUGGGAUACCUAUCAGAUAUUCCAUGUGAGCGACUAUUACAGCGCCUUGAUUAACGAUGCCUUCUUAACGACGCCCAUGUCGCAUUACGUACAAACGCCCUCGGAGAUAUCGAAUCGAUAUGGUACCAUCUCCUAUGCCAAGCCUGCUUGCGUGUUGUAUAUGUUUAAGAAUGCGUUUACGGAUGCCGUGUUCCGACGAGGAUUAAACCUAUAUCUAUCAAAACAUCAAUACAACUCUACGGAUGAAUGGGAUUUGUUCGCCUCGCUGCAGAACGCAGCCGAUGAGUUGACCUUCCCGUUGCCCUACGGCGUUGCCGAUAUCUUCUCCAGCUGGUCCACGCAGGUGGGUUUCCCCUUGUUGACCGUUCAGCGAAACUAUGAUGCUGGCACCUUUACCGUCAAGCAACAACGGUAUUUGAACGACAAGGAUAAAGCAAAUGAGGAUACUUGGUAUGUGCCUAUCAACUUUGCAACUGCCUCGAGUCCCGAUUAUCGCCAAACUAAGGCCUCGCACUAUGUGGCCAAAGUCAAGGAGCAGACAAUAAGCGAUGUUAAAAUUGGGAAGGAGGAUUGGUUGCUUCUAAACAAACAAUCCAGUGGCUUCUACCGCAUAUUGUAUGAUGAGCAAAACUAUCGGCUAAUUGCACAGGGUCUAAGGGAUGAGCCCUAUGCCUUCCAUACGCGUAAUCGCGCUCAGCUUAUACACGAUGCGUAUCGCUUCGUGGACACGGGUCGUCUCAGUCAGAGUAUACUGUUGGACCUGAUGUCGUAUUUGCGCAAUGAGUAUCAAUAUGCGCCCUGGUAUACAGCUAGCAGUAUUUUUAAUAUUUACGAUACAUAUCUGCGUGGCGAUGCGAAUUACGUGCACUUCCGUCAGUUUGUGAUCGAGCUGGUCGAGGAUAUCUUCAGCAAGCUGGGCGUCAAUGAAAUACCCGGCGAGCACUAUUUGAACAACUAUCUGCGCGUGAUUGUGCUGAACCUGGCUUGCCAGGUGGGCAGCGCUAAGUGCACACAGCAGGCACACAAGAAACUGCAGCAGUUCCUGGAGGACGGUGUGGUCAUUGAGCCAACAUUGAGAACUCAGGCCUUUUGCGCCGGAUUGCGUCAGGCCGAAGACACAACCUUUGAUUUAACAUUUAACAUGCUGCUGGCCUCCAAGAAUGGCAACGAUCGCGGCACCCUCAUCUCUUCGUUGGGCUGUUCGCAGAACGCAAAUCAACUAAAGAAAUUCGUAGAGAGCUCCCUCGAUAAGAACAACUCUCUAAGCUCUUAUGAACGCACCAUCCUGAUAAAUGCCGCCCACACACGAAGCGAGACUGGUAUGACUGUUAGCUUAGACUUCCUCGAUGCUAACUGGAAGGCAUAUGGCGACCUGAACGAAAGUCAGAAGCCAUUGGACACUGCCCUGCGGAGCAUAGCCAAUUCAGUGGUCAACGAGUCUCAAAAGAAUAGACUCACUGCGCUGCUGGACAAAAUCAAGACAAAUGGCCCUGAGUAUCUGGCCGACAACACUGAGGCCUCUGUGCAGGCCGCCAUGAAAGGCAACUUUGAUUGGUUAGACGUGCACCGCCAGCCGAUAAUGAAUUGGAUAGUUGCCUAUCGCACUAACGGCAGCAGCUCCCUGUCCGCCUCCCUUUUAAUCGUGCUGGCAACGUUGCUAACUCUGCUAUAUCAUGAAUUCCACUUGGCAAAUGAGCGAGCGCUGCUCAGUUGUUGUCGCACCGUAGACAACAUGACUCGUGUUUUCAUUCCGAUCUUGGUCCUACUGCUGGUGUUGGCCACCACCCUCGCAUCCGUUGUACGUCAGUUUCCGCCCUUUGAGCUGCAGCAGCAGUUCAUCGCAUAUCCCAAUCUGCGUUUACCUGUGCGGCCUGAAAAGGAGAGCUAUCGGUUGCCCAAUAACACGGAGCCGUUGGAAUAUAAUAUCGAUCUAACCACGAAUGUGCACAAAGGCGAAACAGAAUUUCAAGGAACUGUGAUCAUUAGCCUAAAAGUUCUAGAACCUAGCACAGAUAUUGUGGUGCAUGCACGGCAACUGGAGAUAUUGACGGUGACAAUACGAAAGUCCAAUGCUGCUGAGUCAACUGCAGUACCGCUAGACGUCGAAGAAGAUAAAGACCGAGAGUUCUUGAAGCUAUCCGCGCAGGAUCUAACCUUUGAGCAGGAUACCACCUGGCUGUUGACUAUUAAGUACAAGGGCAACCUGCGCACGGACAAUGGCGGCUUCUACCUGUCCUCGUACACUGAUGAGACCGGUGCUACCAAAUACUUGGCCACCACUCAGUUCGAGAGCACCGAUGCCCGUCACGCUUUCCCUUGCUAUGAUGAGCCAGCGAAGCGAGCCAACUUUACGAUUACCAUACACCACGAUCCCAGCUACAAUGCCAUCAGCAAUAUGCCAGUGGAUGCGUCCAAAACGAGCACUGGAACCACGGCUUUCCAGUCCACAGUAAAAAUGUCUAGUUAUCUGGUGGCCUUCAUUGUAUCGGAGUUUGUGUAUUCGGAGGGUGAGCUUAACGAUCUACCCCAGCGAGUCUUCUCGCGUAAGGGCACCGAGCAUGAGCAGGAAUGGGCUUUGACCACUGGCAUGUUAGUCGAAAAACGUCUCUCCGGAUAUUUCGACGUACCUUUUACUCUACCCAAGCUGGAUCAGGCGGCUAUACCCGACUUUGCUGCUGGCGCCAUGGAAAACUGGGGCCUAGCCACAUAUCGUGAGGAGUAUCUGCUGUAUAAUGUCGAAAAUUCUACAAUAAAUACACAGACGAACAUUGCGACCAUUGAGGCUCAUGAGGAUGCACAUAUGUGGUUCGGUGACCUGGUUGCCAUUGAAUGGUGGAGCUAUCUCUGGCUUAAAGAAGGUUUUGCCACACUCUUCGAGAUCUUGGCUGUGGAUUUGGCCUAUCCGGAAUGGGAUAUAUUCCAAUAUUUCCAUAUUGACUCGUAUCAAGGCGCCAUGAUCGCCGAUGGCAAUCCCUCAGUACGUCCGAUGACCUAUUACGUAGAGGACCCUUCGGACAUUGAACUACUCUAUGACUCAAUUGCGUAUGCCAAGGCAGGUUCUGUGUUGGACAUGUGGCGUCAUGCCCUGACCAACACCGUUUUCCAGCGGGGUCUGCACAACUAUCUAGUGAAAAAGGCUUACUCCGCUGCGAAUGAGACGGAUCUGUUCGAUGCCAUUUCAUUGGCCGCUCGCGAAUUGAACUAUCCAGUGCAAGCUCCCGUGGGAGAUAUGCUGACCAGUUGGACCCGCCAAGGUGGAUUGCCGCUGCUGACUGUGGAGCGCAACUAUAACGAUGGCUCUUUCACUAUCAAGCAGCAACAGUACACCACCAACAAGGACGUAGAGACAAGCAAAUCCUGGUACGUGCCAGUGAAUUACGCAGUGCAAUCGAAUCCUGAUUUCCGUCAGACCGAGGCUACUCACUAUCUGAUCAAGGAGAAGGACUUGGGCAUCAUUGAUGCCAAGCUGAAGAGCGAUGAAUGGUUGAUACUAAACAAACAGUCUACGGGCUACUAUCGCAUCAAUUACGAUGCCCGCAACUGGCAGCUGAUCAGUGAGGGCUUGGCCGAUCGUCCGUACAAGAUCCAUCCGCGUAAUCGGGCCCAGCUUAUUGACGACGCGUACCGCUUCGCCACUAGCGGUCGCUUGGCACAUGGUGUGCUUCUGCAGCUGCUCACUUACCUGCCACAGGAAAACCAAUAUGCACCAUGGUCGACUGCCAACGUCGUGAUCAGUCUUUUCAAUCGGUAUCUGAGCGGUGAUGGAUCCUACGACAAUUUCAAAUUCUAUGUUGCUGCAUUGGUCAGCGAUCAAUUCGACAAAUUUGGCGUGAACGACAUCAACGGAGAGCACCACUUGACCAAGUUCACCCGCAAUGUGGUCAUCAAUAUAGCCUGCCUGGCUGGCUUGAAAACCUGUCUGGAUGAGACACAUGCUAAGCUAUUCGCUUUGGUCGAGCAAGGCACUCCAAUUCAACCCAAUCUACAGAUGCCCGUCUACUGCAAUGGUCUCAAGCAAGCCGACGACCAAGUCUUCGACUUUGUCUACGACAAACUAAUGACUUCAACGAAUCAGGCGGAGCGUCGUCUGCUCAUCUCCGCACUGGGCUGUGCUCAGGAUGAGAAGCAACUGCACAAGUAUGUGUCCAGUAGCAUUGAUCUGACUAACCAGCUGCUCAUUCAGGAGCGCUAUACGCUGCUCAAUCCCACCUACUCUCGUGGACCAGUGGGACUGAAUGUGUGCAUUGAUUUCCUGCUCAACAAUUGGGAGGCGUAUGCCAAGCUGAGUUCUGGUACCGGUGGCAUUAAUCCAUUGUACAUUGACAUUGUGCUCAUGUCCACCUAUGUGGUCAACGACAGUCAAAGGGCAAAGCUGCAGGAACUGAUUGAUGAGGUCAAAGACUCCUCAUAUGUGUCCUCAAUACUACAGACCAGUGUGGAUACUAUCGUAGACGCUAACAUGGCUUGGCUGGCGACCAAUCGGGGGCCCAUCAUGUCGUGGGUAACGUCCUUCCGUAACGGCAGUCCCGCUUUGACAGCAUCUGGGUUGGCCAUAGCGCUUUGCCUUUUCGUUGCCAAAUUGUUCUAGAAUGUUUAUAGUAAGAAUUUCUUAGUUUAAGGUACGACUACCUCGAUUGACGAAUUUGUUUGUGUAAAAUAUUCCGAAAUUAUCAUUUCCCAAUAAAAACGUUCAAAUGUUUCAGUUGGGCACUCCUGAUGGCAUAAUGCUCACAAACGAUGUCAACUACAAACAAUUGAAAGAUACCCUUUAGACCAUUAAUGAGCAUUAUGCAGCCAGUAGCGUCCGUGUUCAACGUUUUUACUUGUUAUAAACAAGUAACUGAUUAAAAAUGGAAAA